CGACAGAAGCGAGCCGCGGUUGGACGCAAGCUGCGCAGGAGACGGUGUAGUGACAGUGUUGUGACAGAAGGAUUUUCUUUCAGGUUCGGAGAUAUGAAACAUCAGCGCGCGCCGAUCGCGGCAGCACUAUGGAUCUUAUUCGCCGCCUCCGUCGGCGACGGCCAGAUCGUGAACCCCGUGGUCUCCCUGGCCAACUUCCUGAACGAGGGCGGCCACCAGUACGACAACGAGCCCCCCGACCAGGCCGACCUGCUCCCGGAGUACGACUACAUCAUCGUCGGCGCCGGCACCGCCGGCUGCGUCCUAGCUAACCGCCUCACUGAAGUCAAAGAAUGGAAAGUCUUACUAUUAGAAGCCGGGGUGAACGAAAACUUUAUCAUGGAUAUCCCGCUGGUAGCUAACUACUUACAGUUCUCGUCCGCAAACUGGAAGUAUAAAACGAAAGCAUCGUCCAAGUAUUGCGCCGGGUUCGAGAACAAACAGUGCAACUGGCCCCGCGGCAAAGUAGUCGGAGGCUCCAGUGUACUUAACUAUAUGAUCUACACCAGGGGAUCACCCUACGACUUCGAUAACUGGAAAGCGAUGGGCAACGAAGGCUGGGGAUGGGAGGACGUACUUCCUUAUUUCAAAAAGGUUGAAAACUUUAACAUACGUUCGUCUUAUGACCCGAAAUAUCAUGAGCAGGGUGGCCACGUUAAUAUUGAACAUGCGCCUUUUCGUACUACAAAAGGAAAAGCAUGGGUAAAAGGAGCCCAAGAGUUAGGGUUCAAAUAUGGCGAUUAUAACGGUGCCACUCCAGCCGGAGUGUCAUUUUUGCAGCUCUCUAUGAAAAACGGAACACGCCACAGUUCCAGUCGGGCCUACUUGCACCCUAUUAACGGGAGAAAAAAUCUUCACCUGUCAAAGGGAAGUCUAGCGACCAAACUGAUUUUAGAUGAUAGCAAAACCAGAGUAAUAGGUGUAGAGUUUGAAAAACAUAAUAUGAAAUACAAAAUAUUUGCAAAAAAAGAAGUAAUCUUAUCGGCCGGAGCUCUUAACUCGCCUCAACUACUGAUGUUAUCAGGAAUAGGACCAAGAAGUCAUUUGGAAGAAAUGAAAAUACCUGUAAUGAAAGAUCUAGCAGUCGGUUACAAUCUGAUGGACCACAUUGCGGCUGGAGGGGUACAGUACAUAGUACGGCCACAAAACGUAUCUAUAUCUACGGAGUAUAUAUUUAGUCAUUUAGAUGUGGUUUUUAAAUGGAUGAGAACACAUAAAGGACCACUAUCGAUACCUGGAGGAUGCGAAGCUCUAAUUUUCAUGGACUUGAAAGACAAGUUCAAUACUACUGGAUGGCCGGAUAUGGAGCUGUUAUUUAUAACCGGUGGGCUAAAUUCGGACCCAUUGCUACGCAGAAAUUUUGGUUUCGACGACCAAAUAUUUGCUGACACCUAUGGUCCACUCGGCAGAGCCGAAGCAUUCAUGAUAUUCCCUAUGUUAAUGAGGCCGAAAUCGCGCGGGAGGGUGAUGCUACAGAGUAGGAACCCUAAAGCUUCGCCUUUAUUGAUUCCAAAUUAUUUUGACGAUCCAGAAGAUUUGCAGAAAAUUGUAGAGGGGAUUAAAGUUAGUAUUCAAAUAGCGCGGCAACCUUCGAUGAAGAAAAUGGGGACAAAAAUGUACGAUGUACCUAUAGAAGAAUGUUUACAAUAUGGUCCAUUUGGAAGCGAUGAAUACUUUGCGUGUCAAGCGCGGAUGUUUACGUUUACAAUCUACCACCAAAGCGGGACUUGCAAGAUGGGACCAGCGAGCGAUCCGACAGCUGUAGUCGACCCUAGGCUAAGACUUCAUGGGAUUCAAAAUUUAAGAGUGGUUGAUGCCAGUGUGAUGCCGGCAGUAACGUCGGGGCAUACAAAUGCUCCCACUUUUAUGAUAGCAGAAAAGGCUGCAGAUAUGAUCAAAGAAGAUUGGGGUAAAUGGAGAUGACCUGCUGCGGUACCAGAUAUUGAUUAGUUGAUUUUCUGUCACGACAUUCGAGGCAGAAUACUUUGGUGAAAUAUGUGAAAUUAACAUUGCCAGUAUUUAAUGUGUUACGAUAAUCUAAUCAAGGUGAAAAAUAGUAGAAGCGAACUUUUUUUCGGCGACUAUUAUAUUUAUAUGACUUUAAAUAUUUCGAUUUAUAAAAAUAAGUAGUUGAUAAUAAGAAAUUCGGAAAUAUCGUCAAAAUAAUUAUUACCACUUGGGUGUCUCCGAGGGCUUUAAUCAUUCUGGGAUUCAGGUUCCAGAGUAUCACAGGCAAAGUUUUUCAAUUCCUAGAGUUGAUCAGACAUACGUCAAAAUAAGUCGUAACGUAACUUUCUAUUCUUCGUAAGUUUCCAACUGAGCUAUUAGGUUUGACAGAUACACAUGUAACAGUAAUAUACAUGCAUUUAUGUAUGAAACCAAAGACACCGAUUUAUUAAUUUCAUAAUUCAAAUUAAAUUUUAAACGCCUUAGACCAUACUUGCGGCAAUCGCGGCAUUAAUGACCUGAUAUGUCAAAUUUAGUGUAGGCGUUUAAAUCUGUAGAAUAAUCACUGUAGGUAUUUGAUGUUGCGGUAGAUAACUUGGACAGCAAAUAUACGAUAUUACGUUAUUUAUGUUUAUACAUAACACUCUAAUAUUGAUUCGUAUAAUACUUACAUGUUUGAGGAUAUAAUGUAAUUGAGUGUCCUCAAUGGUCAAUUGCACUAGAUAUUUUGUUAAAAACAAGGCUAGGUAAUACGACCGUCAUAUUGAAACAUAAUAAAAAUAAUUUAGAACUCAUUUAUGAGUCGAAUUCGUGCACACUGCAGAGUGUAUAAUACAGCUGCCAUAUAAUGUGCGCCAUUUAAUCGUUGACAUUGAUAUAAAGAAGACUGAAGGCCGGGUGUAAGUGUUACAGGGAGGCAACAACAGUCGCGGUAGACACCAAGUUACACGGAACAGGGUUUUUUUUUAGAACCUAGGACAUAGACUUACAAACCACAAACGGGUGACAGAAGGGGAACAAAAAAUAGCUGUCCAUUAUGUUUAAGGGGUAGUAAUAAAUUCCUUGGAUGAAGUACAAAGGUGAUGUACUAUGGGAUUUACUCUAGGAUGGCUGACUUCCUAAAGACACAAACUGUGAUGAAAUAAUAAGUUAAUAACUAUUUAUUGACAAUUAUUAUGUGUGUCCUCAAUUAAUUAUUAAUAAGGAAUAAAUCACGUAAUUUAUUUUGUAUUUUUAAGUAGAAAAUGUUUUAAGUGGGGUAUAAAAUAUUCUCAUGUGUGUUUCUAACAGAAACACAAGCAGUUUUAAACCAAAUAUACAAAUGCCAUAAA